UUUAAUAUCAUGUGUGUCGACUUCAGCAGCUCAUUAACUCUGAAGUGAGCGGUUCAUCCUGAGGGGAGCAUGAACGUCUCUGGGUCCCUGACACGUUUCAGUGUGAUGGACGCUAACGUGGCUCCUCCUCCUCUCUGUGUGAGCGCCUCCUCUGGUCAGUGACAUGAGCCAGUGUAGGAACAGUUCAGGCCUUUUGGACCCAUGACUGCACAAUCAGUGUGACUGCUGCACUCACAGCUAGCUUAGCUUAGCUUAGCUUAGCAUAGUUUGGCCUACAGACUGGCAGAAGGGGGAACAGCUGGCUGGUCUCUGUCGUAUCCCCACACCUGUCAACAGACUCCAGAUCAGACAUUAACGCUCUGUUUUGAGGUUUGGAGUGUGUUGGCUCAGACUAAUAUCUGCAGUGUGUGAUAAUAACAAAGCGUGUUGUUGUUUUAUUAAAGAUCAGACAUGAUAUGAAGGAGCUGUCAGUGUCGCUGCAGCUGCUCGCCUGCUUUAUUACAACACGGACACGUGAAGCCGGAUCAGAACCGCCACACAGCUGGAGACAGUCUGCUGCUCUCAGCUCUCCUCUUCAGUCCUCAGCUGAAGUUGUUGACAUCUGUGUCUGCCUGCUGCCAGUCGCUUUCUUCUCUGAUGAUCGCUCCAACGGUGAGCAGGUGGAGCGCCCUGUACGGCGCCGGCCGGAGACCAAUUCCAAUUCCAAUCGAGAAUCAACACCAGCGUGUUCCACACCUGACUGCACCACACCUGAGACUGGAGGAUGCAGUAACAGAGCUCAGAGGCGUCUGUCCUCACAGGACAGACAGGCGGACAGACAGCGAGACACAGAAACAGACAGACAGAUGAACUCAGACGGCUUCAACAGGACUAAAGCUCCAGAGAUGGCGAGCUGCGUGCGGUCUGGCGACUGUGCGGCCGGUCUGUGCUGCGUCCGGUAUCUGACCGGUAAGCGGUGUCAGAGGAUCCCGGUGGAGGGCGAGGCCUGUCUGCUGCGAGGCUCCAGCAAACUGAGGAGGAAGCUGGGACGCUGCGACUGCGAGGCGGGGCUGACCUGUGUCGCCGUCAACCGGCCGGAGUCGGGAAAAGCCAAAGGUCAAGGUGUGUGUCAGCCCCGCCAGGGACAGGCCGAGAGGACAACACGGCAUUCUGGGAAGAAGAGGAGGACAGCAGAGAGCAGCUGCUGACAGAUUCAUUAUAAACUCUGUAGUAUUUGGACACAUUUAAUUUAAACUCAGCUCAGUUUGUAGAAAAAUGUUGUUUCAUAACCGUCUCAUGGUCGAGGCUCAGGUUACAUCAUCACCUCUGGCGGCCAUGUUGGACGCCCCGAUUGUUACUGUUAGCUUGUGUUAGCUCACAAGCGUCAACUCAGCGGAUGGUCAGACUGUCACAUCACAGCUGAGACGCUGAGAGUCCGACGGCCUCCACGAGUUACGAUAUUUCUCCAUUAAUGUUAUUUUAGAAAACAAACAGUGUGAAUGUAGACCUGUAUCAUAUAAUAAAGAGUGCACAUGAUGUUCUGACUGCUGGUUCCUCAUUCUGUUGGUCUGAUUAGUCAAAUACACUGUACAGUUAUAAUAACAAUCAUAAUAAUGUGAGAAUGUUAGUGUAAAACGUCCAAAUUAACUAUUUUAAAUUUACUAAAAUAAUCAGCAGCAUGUGAAACACAUCGGUUUAAUGUUGUGUGAUCAGUCAUUAAAAACCUUAAUGAUCAGCUUCUGUGGGACGUGUUUACAAAUCAGCUGAGGAGAGGAGGA